AUGUCUGAAAUAUCCAGCUCACCCUGUACACAUUCGUCCAUCCGCUACACAUCCUCGAGUCAUGCCAGAGUCGCGGGGUUCAAGCGGCCUGGUAAACCCGAAAGACUUGCAGCAGCUAACGCAGAGGGUGCUAGUUCUCGAGAGAAGCCUUUUUUAGAUGAUAAUCCAAAUGAGUGGCUCGAUGAAGAGGACCGAAAUCCAGUCACUUCAAAACGAAGGACUAUUUAUGUGGUCUCGCCGCCCACAUUCGAUGAUCAAGUCAGCUUCAUGGAGUCCUGGACCAGCCCUCAGGGGCUUGGUAAGGGUACACAGACUCAAUCACCAAACUUCCCAGAUGUUUGCGAGUAUUUAUCAGCUUUUUACCAUGGAUUACCAGUUAAAGCUCUUCCACGGACAGCCCUACAAUUCACAUGUGGGAUGAGGGAAAUCGUCAAUAACGUCAAAGCAACAUCCACAAGUUGGGAAUGUGUACGUAUUCGUACGCGACCAUGCCCUGACGGGAUUUAUCGCCGACAGCUUGAUACCAACGAUCUUCUUGAUGCCGCUAUAAGUAUUUUGCCAAAAGAUGCAUAUGCCCUUCUGCUUCUGGUAGAUCACGACCUCUAUGAAGAUGAAGAUGACACAUUCAUCUGCGGCCGGGCUUAUGGUGGAAGUAGGGUGGCCGUGGUUUCAAGUGUUCGAUAUAAUCCGGAUCUUGAUGAAGCUCAGUUUAUUGAGAGAGUUCAUGCUUGGCCUUUGUCACAUUGUGCCGUCUAUAUAUCUGCAUGUUGCUCCACGUCCAUGCCUAAGGCGAAACGACCGGGGAAGUCCGAACCGACCGAAGGACACCAGCCCAAGACGCUAGAGGCUUCAACAGACUCAGAGUCACCAGUGACAUCUUUGGACGCAGCUUUCACCCGCAGUAGCACUAUUGAUAAUUCUAAUAUGUCUCAAGAAUCACUUACAGCACUUUGGCUUGGCCGUAUUUGUCGAACAACGAGUCAUGAACUUGGCCACUGUUUUGGAAUUGACCACUGUGUCUAUUAUGCUUGUUGUAUGCAAGGUACAUCAUGUCUCUGUGAAGAUACUAGACAGCCACCUUAUCUUUGUCCUGUGGAUCAAGCGAAGCUGCUUCACGUGACGGAAGUUACCGAGGCUCAGCGAAACCAUGCCCUUGUAUCAUUUUGUGAACGACCUGAGUUCCGCGAAACGCAUUUCUUUGCCCCAUUUACCGCAUGGCUUCGAACAAGAUUAUCUUGA